AUGGAUGUUGUCGGAUAUGCUGAUCCAUAUUUUAUAGCAAAAAUUGAUGAUCAAAUAUCAUUUACAUCAUCUAUUUUAUCGAAUACGACAACACCUAAAUGGAAUGAUGAAAAAUGGAUUGUUCGUAACAUUCCUUUGAAUGCCAAACUGACAGUUAAAAUCUAUGAUAAAGAUGAUGAAAAAAUUCUUGAUGAUUAUAUUGGUGAAUUUGAGGUUCUUAAUUUAAUUAAUUAUCAUCCACCACCAAAAGGUCAUGAAAUAAUUGGUCCAUUGAAUUAUCAUAGUGGUUAUUUUCAUUUAUCCAUUCAUUCAAUGAAAUCAUCAGAAGAUACAAAACAUCUACCUCCUUAUACAUUCGAUGGUCCUUGUCGAUAUUCUCGUCAUGAUUCAUUUGCUAUUGGUCGUUUAACUAUGCUUAAUACUAAUUGUGUUUAUUCAACAUGGAAAAUACAUUUACGUAGAAUUUCACUUUUUUUUAAACCUCAUGAACGACAACAUUGGAAUACAAAAUACAAAGCAGCACAAACUAUAUUUGGUAAUUAUCCUGCUUCAUUAGCAUCACUUACUACAAUUAAAUUAGCACAUAAAGCACUUUAUGGUCAAACAUUAAAACAUCAUGAAAAGGGACAAUUAACGAAUGCUGAUGAUCUUUGGAAAUUUGUUUUUUCAAAUCGAACAACACAACGUAUUAAACCAUGUAUUUAUACAUAUAUUAUUGAUGAUAAUACAUGGCGUUUUAGUGAAACAGAUGUUCAACUUUUUGCUGAUUUAGCAAGUAAACAUGCGUUAUUAGCUAAUGGAUCAGAAUAUGUUCGUUAUGCUGGAGAAUUUCAUACACGUCCAAAAUAUGGAUGGGAUAGAUGUGAUGAUGAAUGGGAAUUAGUAUUCGAUAAUGGAUCGGGUACUUAUGCUCCUAAUCUUGAUCUAUUAAUUAAUUUAAAAGAAUUAUUAUUAUUCAAUUUUCCUGGAUUAAAUAUUGUUACACAUGAUUAUAAAGAUUCAAGAUUGAAAGAAAGUGUGACAGAAUUAAAACAUGCAAUAGAAGAAUAUAAAAAUAGUGCAACAACAGUUGAGCAGGCUGCUGUGACUGAUGAACAUUUAGAUUCCCAGAAAAUCUGA